AUGGUGGCGUGCGAUUUCUGCGGUCAGCGGGCAGCCAUACUCUACUGCCGAGCGGACACCGCCAAACUGUGCCUAUCCUGUGACCAGCACGUCCACUCCGCCAACGCCCUCUCCAGGAAGCACCUCCGAUCUCAGAUCUGCGACAACUGCGCCGCGGGGCCUGCCUCCGUCCGAUGCGCCACCGACGGCCUCGUCCUCUGCCAGGAGUGCGACUGGGACGCUCACGGCAGCUGCGCCGUUUCCGCCGCGCACGAUCGCUGCCCCCUGGAGGGCUUCUCCGGCUGUCCCUCGCCUCUGGAUCUGGCGGCCGCCUGGGACAGCGGCAAUGCGGAGUGUGGUGAGGAAGUGGGCCCGAGGACGCCAAGCGGUGGCGGUUGGCGGCCGGAGAGUGUUUGUGAGGAGCAGCAAUUACUGGAGGAGAAAGAGCAGCCUCAGCAGCACGAGAAUGGAGGUUUUACGUCAUUGCUAAUGAUGGAGACCAAGGAGGAAGUCAAUAACCAUAGCUCACAGAUAUGGGACUUCAAUCUGGGAAAGUUGAGGAGCCAUGACGAGUCUGGCAACCUAGAACUAGAUGAUGAUGUCAGUGACAUGUUGUACACUGUCAAAAGUUACGGAGAACUUCUAAAAGAGGUACCCUUGUCUAGGCGUAGAGGGCUGGACCUCUCUGAGGUGAACAAUCUAGUUGCUAAUGAAGACAUUAUUCUCUUCAAUGUGAGAAGUUAUUUCUUUGCCCAUCUUCUAUUUGGGCCUGCGUCAUCCGAAUGCAACAAUUUCCCUGUAUCAAAGCCAUCAUUUUUAGGUUUCCCUAAACCCAAAAGUGGAGGCAGCUCAAAAGAUCCCCAGUUCACAGAUCAGCCCAUUUUAGUGAGAGGUGAACAUGUCUCGGCCAUGACAAAUGCUGACCUGGAGCUGCUUGCAAAAAAUAGAGACAAUGCUAUGCAACGCUACAAGGAAAAGAAGAAAGCACGAAGGUACGACAAGCAUAUACGGUAUGAAUCACGAAAAGCAAGAGCUGAUACUAGGAAACGUCAGUUCGGUCACGCCAAGGGGCGUCGCAUAAACCGGCCGGACGGUCCCCUUCCUGUACGCAAUCACGGGCCGGACGGACAACGAAGGUCCAACCCCGCCGGCUGGAGAAGUCACGGCAAUCAACCGUCGCCUGAUGCCGAUUGCCGCCACCAGCUACAGCCCACCGCUACUUGCCGCCGAAAAUACCGUUCGUCGUACCAGCCCGCCGCCACACAAACCGGUUUCCCUCCGACGUCGUCAAAAGCGUCUCCUCCGCCUGUAAGCUUCGACGACCUCCGGGCAGACAUCAAAGAUGAUAAUUACCGCCACGUUAAAAAUUGGUCGACGAACGGCGAAGAUUCCGGCGCGUUCGACGGCUGA